CGCCUGGGCGGUUAAUUGGAUUCGGGAGGGAGGGGGCAUGGCAGCUACUGCAGGGGCCAAUCGAAGGCCUAGAAGGCCCCGUAUGCAAAUAUGAGGGCCGGGCGGACCCAAAGUUAAGGAGAGCGCGGGUCGGGGUUGGGGCUGUCGGGCAGCCAAUGGGAGCGUUACUCCUUCAUCCUUCGAGGAGGGGGCCGGCAGGUGUGGUUGCAAGCUGGACUAGCAGCCCAGCGGGGCGAGACGGGGGAGUAGGAAUUGCGGGGGCCUGGUAUUUCCCCAGAGCCUCCUCCCAGGCCAGGGAGAUGCCACAGUGCCCGACUUUGGAAAGCCAGGAAGGGGCAAACUCCGAAGAGAAGGGGGACAGUUCCAAAGAAGAUCCAAAAGAAACCAUCGCGCUGGCUUUUGUGAGAGAGAACCCAGGGGCACAAAACGGACUUCAGAAUGCCCAGAAGCAAGGCAAGAAGAAGAGGAAGAAAAAGAGAUUGGUGAUCAAUCUAUCCAGCUGCCGGUAUGAGAGUGUGCGCAGGGCUGCCCAACAGUAUGGCUUUAGAGAGGGAGGGGAAGACGAUGACUGGACUCUCUAUUGGACAGAUUACUCAGUGUCACUGGAGCGGGUGAUGGAAAUGAAAAGUUACCAGAAGAUCAAUCACUUCCCCGGGAUGAGUGAAAUCUGCCGGAAGGACUUGCUGGCCAGGAACAUGAGCCGCAUGUUAAAGAUGUUCCCUAAAGAUUUCCGCUUUUUCCCUAGGACCUGGUGUCUUCCUGCUGACUGGGGAGAUUUGCAGACCUACAGCAGGUCAAGAAAAAAUAAGACAUACAUUUGUAAGCCGGAUUCGGGCUGCCAAGGGAAAGGUAUAUUCAUCACCCGGACAGUGAAAGAAAUCAAACCAGGGGAGGAUAUGAUCUGUCAGCUGUAUAUUUCAAAGCCCUUUAUCAUUGAUGGGUUUAAGUUUGACCUACGGAUUUAUGUACUGGUGACAUCCUGUGACCCUCUCAGGAUUUUUGUAUACAAUGAAGGACUGGCCCGCUUUGCGACGACCUCUUACUCCCGCCCUUGCACAGACAACCUGGAUGAUAUCUGCAUGCACCUGACUAAUUAUUCCAUUAAUAAGCACAGUUCAAAUUUCAGUCGAGACACUCACUCUGGCAGUAAGAGGAAGCUCUCCACCUUCAGUGCAUACAUGGAGGACCACAGCUACAACGUGGAGCAGAUAUGGAGGGAUAUUGAGGACGUCAUCAUCAAGACCCUCAUCUCGGCCCACCCCAUCAUCAGGCAUAACUACCACACCUGCUUCCCCAACCACACACUCAACAGCGCCUGCUUUGAGAUCCUGGGCUUUGAUAUUUUGUUGGACCGCAAACUCAAACCCUGGCUGCUGGAGGUCAACCACUCUCCAAGCUUCUCCACUGACUCUCGGUUGGAUAAAGAGGUGAAAGAUGGUCUGCUGUAUGACACCUUAGUCCUGAUCAACCUGGAAAGCUGUGACAAGAAGAAAGUCUUGGAGGAGGAGAGACAACGGGGGCAGUUCCUGCAGCAGUGUUGUUCUCGGGAGAUGAGGAUUGAGGAAGCCAAGGGUUUCCGGGCCGUGCAGUUAAAGAAAACUGAAACGUAUGAGAAGGAAAACUGUGGAGGGUUCCGACUGAUUUAUCCCAGUCUGAAUUCGGAGAAGUAUGAGAAGUUUUUCCAGGACAACAACUCCCUCUUCCAGAAUACUGUUGCUUCCAGGGCUCGGGAGGAGUAUGCCCGGCAACUGAUCCAGGAGCUGAGACUAAAACGGGAGAAAAAGCCCUUCCAAAUGAAGAAGAAGGUAGAGAUGCAGGGGGAAUCGGCAGGCGAGCAAGUGAGAAAGAAGGGCAUGAGGGGCUGGCAACAGAAACAACAGCAGAAAGACAAGGCCGCCACCCAAGCCUCCAAACAGUACAUCCAGCCAUUGACAUUAGUAUCCUACACACCUGACUUGCUCUUGAGUGUCAGAGAUGAAAGGAAAAAUGAAACAGACAGAAGCCUCAACCAGGAGGCUCCCACGAAGGAGGCCAGCCCUGUUUUCCCCAAGCUGAUGUCUGCGAGGCCCUUCAGUUCUGUACCCAAUCUGAGGAAUAUCAAUCUCAGCAGCUCGGAGUUGGAGCCCAGUAAACCCAACUUCAGCAUCAAGGAGGCCAAGUCUGCCUCUGCAGUGAACGUAUUCACUGGCACUGUGGGUCUCACUCUGUCACCCAGGCUGGAGUGCAGUGGCACAAUUACAGCUUACGGCAGGCUCAACCUUCUGGGCUCAAGCAAUCCUCUGGCUUCUGCUUCCCGAAUAGGUGGGACACAGCACUUAACCUCCGUAGAAACCACCCCAGAAUCCACCACCCAACUCUCAAUCUCCCCAAAGUCUCCGCCAACCCUGGCUGUGACCGCCAGCUCUGAGUACAGUGGCCCAGAGACGGACAGGGUGGUAUCCUUUAAAUGCAAGAAGCAGCAGACCCCUCCACACUUAACCCAGAAGAAAAUGUUAAAACCUUUUCUGCCCACAAAAUCCAAGAGCUUCUGGGAGAGUCCGAACACAAACUGGACUUUGCUAAAGAGUGACAUGAACAAGCCACAUUUGAUAUCCGAGCUACUCACCAAGCUUCAACUGAGUGGGAAGCUCUCCUUCUUGCCAGCUCACUACAACCCCAAGCUGGGGAUGAAUAACCUGUCACAAAACCCCUCCCUGCCUGGGGAGUGCCACUCCCGCAGUGACAGCUCUGGCGAGAAGAAGCAGCUGGAUGUGUCCUCCCUCCUCUUGCAGAGUCCUCAGAGCUAUAAUGUUACUCUGAGGGACCUGCUGGUGAUUGCCACUCCAGCCCGACUGGAUCCAAGGCCUUGUAAAAGCCACACAAGUGCUAUGAGGGACCCAUGUAUGCAGGAUCAAGAAGCAUACAGCCAUUGCCUGAUCUCUGGCCAAAAAGGAUGUGAGAGGAGCUAGAAUCAGACUGGAUCUCUGCCACUUUCCCCUUCCUACCUCUUAACUUGCAGGAAACAAUGUGUCUCUUCCGACAGUGUCUCCAAUGUUCACAGAAUCAACUGAAGUUUUGUUUGCUCAUCUAGAUAUACUGGUCUUCCAUUAGCUCCUAGUAGCAGCAAUGGGGCCAACAGCCCUGCCUCUGUUCCCUCCCAGUUAGCUUACAGUGCUACAGGACCAUGAUUUCUGGGGUUGGAUUGGUGCUGCCCCAGGACACACUCCAGUUGCCCUACCAGUGGCACUUCUCUGGGUUCUUCACAUGGCACCAUCAUCCAGAAUACUCCCUCAGAUAAAGCAACUUCGGGAGUAGUGUUUCAGAGAAGGACUCAUGAUUUCCAGGAGUCAAAAGCCCUCAGUCCACCAACAGAACUAUGCCAGUUGGUCUUCAUCUCCAAGAUAAAAGAUGAGGUCAGGGAUGGGCAUGGUGCAUAACUCUGAGCCCUGAGUGAGAGAACUGAGGCAGCUGCAACUUCACAAGGUCAAGGCCCGACCUCCGCCCAUCCCCACCAGCCCAAAGACUUGCCACCUCAGUGCCUGAGCAUCCUCUGGUGACCUCCCUCACCAGCCCAACUUAAUCUCACCAGUGAAAACAGAGGUGAGGUGAGAGUACCCAGCCUGAAGAUGCUUCUAUCAACCUGCAGAAAUGUUACACUUUCCCUUCAGGCAUCCAUUAAUAAAAGAAAUUGCCAUGCUUACUGCCA